CGUGACAAAAGCCGAAUCAACAAUAACAACAUGAGUCUCAGGGCGGCUAUACUGAUUCAUUUACUGUUGCUUGUUGACAAGGCUGACUCUAAAAAAGGUGUCAAGUGUGGUGGAAUCCUGUCUGCUUCAUCUGGAAAUAUAUCCAGUCCUAACUUCCCGGGCCUCUAUCCCUACAACAUUGACUGCACCUGGCUCAUUGUGGUGGCAGAAGGCUCCUCGGUCCUCCUCACCUUCCACCACUUUGAGCUGGAGUACCACGCCAGCUGUGCUUACGACUACAUCAAGAUCUACAAUGGCAUAUCUGAGGACGAGGGGAACCUCCUGGGCACAUUUUGUGGUGACAGCUGCCCGCCCCAAUUCACCUCCUCCUGGAACGUCAUGUCCAUCAUCUUCCACUCCGACCGCCACGUGGCCCAUACAGGGUUCACGGUGGGCUACAGAAAAGACAUGUGCGGGGGAGUCCUAACCGGCCUGUCAGGCGUCAUCUCCAGCCCGGGCUACCCUCAGGACUACAGCAACAACGCCGACUGCACCUGGACCAUCCACGUCUCCAACAACACCGUGGUCAGCCUGGUCUUCCUCGACUUCCAACUGGAGAACAACGAGGGCUGCAACUUUGACCGUGUGGCCCUCUUCGACGGCCCCACGGUCACCCACCGCCAUCUGGGCAACUACUGCGGGGCAAAUACACCCCCCAACACCAUCACAACUUCCAACCAGCUUCUGGUAGUCUUCAAGUCCGACUUCAACAUCGGCGGACGGGGAUUCAAGGCCUACUAUUACUCAGGGGAGUGCCAGCAGGUCCUGUCAGCUGUAAGCGGCAACUUCAGCAGCCCGUACUAUCCCAACAUCUACCCAAACAACAUCAACUGCCACUGGACCAUCACCCUGGAAGCUGGGUACCGCAUCAAGCUCUACCUCCCCGUCAUGGAGCUGGAGGACAGGAACAGCCUGUCAGACCAGUGCGACUACGACUCGGUUUCAGUUUAUGACGGGGACAGCCAGGCAGACCCUCUGCUUGGACGCUGGUGCGGAAAGGAACAAGCUCCAUCGCUCAUAUCCAAGGGAAACAAACUGCUGGUGGUCCUCAGCACGGACAGAAACGAGGCUCACGGGGGCUUCACUGCUUCCUAUGUUGGAGUGGUUCCUGUGAACAUUAGCUGCACAAGGACAGAGUUUUCCAUCCUGAUAGCCCAGCAGUCCUUACCUCAGCUGGACCGCGAGAGCAUCUACCUGGGGAACCCGUCCUGCGCAGCCCAGCUGACAACCACCUCCUAUAAGAUACUUGCACGGUUUGUCAACUGUGGCACGGCUGGCCAGAAACGUCGGAACAUCACCAUGCUGGUGAACACGCUCUACAUCGACUUCUCCGACGGAAAGCAGCAGAACGUGCAGGAGUACGAGGUGCAGUGUGACGCCCAGCGGAAGAUCGCCACUGUGUCCAUUAUCUCGUCGGAGGAGCGCCAUCGGCUCAAUGAGCUGGCCCGCCAAGUGGACAGCACUACCGGCAGCAAAGGACCGGAAGAGGACACAGAGCCUCAUGACCCGAGUGAUAUUGUCUUCAUCAGCAUCUGCGUGCUGGCAGUCAUUCUCAUGGUGAUCGCUAUCAUCUGGCUCGUGCUUCUUUAG